GUGGCGGCGAGCAGCGGAGCGCCGGGAGGGACCACGGGCCGAGCCAAGGGCGAGUCUCGCAUCCGGCGGCCGAUGAACGCUUUCAUGGUGUGGGCGAAGGACGAGCGCAAGCGGCUGGCGCAGCAGAACCCGGAUCUGCACAACGCGGAGCUGAGCAAGAUGCUAGCCUACUGGACGUGCUCAGUUUUUCGAACAAGGGGAGAUGGGUGACUGGGAUGGAGGAAGCGGUUUCCAGGAGGCUUCCAGAAGCACAGGCUACUCCUGGACGCGUCUUCCGGAGUGCUUGGAUUUGAAGGCGUCCCAGACCUUCGAGCUAACUUGACCCGGGUCCUCCUCGGGGUGCGCAGUUCUAGGUUGGGGGUGAAAGGGGAGGCCAAGCGGUGCCUGGGAGCGGGAGCGCGGCCGCUAAGCCCUGCGUCCUUCUCUACCCUCCCACCCCAUGCAGGCAAGUCCUGGAAGGCGCUGACGCUGGCGGAGAAGCGGCCCUUCGUGGAGGAGGCCGAGCGGCUGCGCGUGCAGCACAUGCAGGACCAUCCCAACUACAAGUACCGGCCGCGGCGGCGCAAGCAGGUGAAGCGGCUGAAGCGGGUGGAGGGCGGCUUCCUGCACGGCCUCGCCGAGCCACAGGCCGCCGCGCUGGGCCCCGAGGGCGGCCACGUGGCCAUGGACGGCCUGGGCCUGCCCUUCCCGGAGCAGGGCUUCCCCGCGGGCCCACCGCUGCUGCCCCCGCACAUGGGCGGCCACUACCGCGACUGCCAGGCCCUGGGCGCGCCCCCGCUCGACGCCUACCCGCUGCCCACGCCCGACACGUCCCCGCUGGACAGCGUGGAGCCAGACCCGGCCUUCUUCACGGCGCCGCUGCCCGGGGACUGCCCGGCGGCCGGCAACUACAGCUACGCGCAGGUCUCGGACUAUGCGGUGCCCCCGGAGCAGCCGGCCGGGCCCCUGCACCCGCGGUUGGGCCCCGAGUCCGCGGGCCCUGCCAUGCCGGGGCUCCUGGCGCCCCCCAGCGCCCUGCACAUGUACUACGGCGCCAUGGGCUCCCCCGGGGCAGGCGGCGCGCGCGGCUUCCACCUGCCCCCUCCGCAGCAGCAGCACGCGCCGCCGGGCCCGGGCCAGGGCCAGCCUUCGCCGCCUCCCGAGGCGCUGCCCUGCCGGGAAGCCACGGACCCCGGGCAGCCCGCCGCCGAGCUCCUUGGGGAGGUUGACCGCACGGAAUUCGAACAGUAUUUGCACUUUGUGUGCAAACCCGAGAUGGGUCUCCCCUACCAGGGACACGACUCUAGUGUGAGUCUGCUGGACAGCCACGGGGCCAUUUCCUCCGUGGUGUCGGAUGCCAGCUCUGCGGUGUACUACUGCAGCUACCCCGACGUCUGACAGCGCCCGAUCUGCCCCCGCCCGCGGGCCAGAAGAAGCACAGUGUUACACACUUCCUGGAAAAGCUGGGGAGAUCCUUAGCCUCCUGUUUCGUUUUGUUUUUAAGUUGCCUUGGCACCUAAUUUAUGGUAAUUUAUUUUGUCUGCCACUUGAACAGUUGGGGAGGUAAUGUGAGGUUUGGUUAAAAUAUAUUCAGGGACUUAUUCCCAAGUCUCCACUUUCAAAUUAGCUAAGGUUUUAAUGUGUCCAUUUCUUUAAAUUUCUUGCUCCAUUUCUUGAAAACGUAUUGAUAAAAGAAAUUGUGUCCUGGGUGUGUUUUUAAAAAGUAUUUUAAAAAAUAAAAUCUGGAA